AUGACCACUUGUCAUAUGUUGGUUUGUUUCGCUUUUCAUUUUCUUCUUCUCUUUUCACUGUCUUUGGAGACUGCAACUUCUGAAACAAUUGAGGGCAGAGCCCUUCUCGAAUGGAAGAACACCUUUCUCAAUAAUCAUCAUGUUCUUCAUUCUUGGUCUAUUGCUAAACUUCACAACAUCUGCUGGAACUGGACGGGCAUCACUUGCAACAAUGUUGGAGCUGUUUAUAAGAUAAAGCUGAAUGAUUUCAGCAUCUCAGGUACACUUGAAAGUCUAGACUUCGUUUCAUUUCCAAACCUCACCCGUUUUAGUCUCUAUAAUAACAACUUCACUGGAUCAAUUCCAUAUGCUAUUGCUAAUCUCUCCCACCUAGUUUUCUUGGACCUCAGUUGGAACCGUUUUGUAAGCUUUAUACCAUCAGAGAUUGGAAGAUUAACAAAGCUCCGGUUGUUGAACCUUGACGGAAACAACCUUAAUGGUACUAUUCCAUCCCAAAUAAGCUAUCUUCAACACCUUAUUUUCCUCUCCUUAAAUGGAAAUUCUUUGACUGACCAAAUUCCAAAAGCAAUAUUCUCCAAUUUGAGCAACCUUCAAACUUUUGAUUGUGGGGGAAAUUUGUUCCAUGUGCCAUUUCCAACAAGUUUAGUCAAGCUAUCCAAGCUUAAACAACUUGACCUAAGUGAAAACAGUUUCUAUGGGUCAAUACCUCCUACAAUUGAAAAUCUAAGCUCACUAAUCAAUUUUCAUCUCGGCUACAACAUGUUGCAAGGACAUAUUCCUGAAAGCAUAUGCAAUAUUCACUCCCUUAAACUUCUUUCUUUAUCUUACAAUAAUAUGAGUGGUCCAAUUCCGGAGUGUUUGGAAAAUGCAACCUCACUGAGAAAUCUUUAUCUCUUAUCCAAUUUGUUGCAAGGAAGUAUUCCUACCACACUUUGCAAACUUCACUCAAUCACUCCCUUGAGUAUCUCAAUUUAUCUAACAAUACUUUGA